UAUCGCGGCUCUCCUACAGCAGAAGCUUGAGUUGGUCGUCAUAAAACAAUAUUUUGCUGGUGACUGAUUUAGUCCAUCGAAUAAUACAAUUCCUAGAUGUCAGGUUUCAAUACGCGUGAUACGCUAGGACUGGCACAGCCAAAACAUCGUCCUAGAAACCUGUUCGAUGGGUUUUCUAAUCGUAAUGUGGCUCAGAAGAAAACACGGCAACCACCGCAGGCUUCAAGGGUAUCGAAGUCAGUCGCAGGAUCUUCCGCCGGCAUAAGUGUUCUAGAGCAGUACCAAUAUCUUCAGCUGCAACAUGACACAUUGAUUGAAAAGUACACCACAUUAAAACGUAAUCAUCAGGCUCUUGAGGAACAUCACACUCAUCUGAAGGUGGAAAACAGUGAUCUUAAGAAAGCAUACGAAGAGCUACAGGAUAAUUAUCAAAAUUUGCUGGACUCGCAGAAAAGUUUCAACACAGGCAAACUGCUGGUGUACUUGAAAUUGAAACGUCGGACUGAUAAGGAAACACUCGAAAAACGCAAUAUUAUUCAGAAUGAAGCCUGCUUCAAUACCUAUUUGGAAACAGUAAUAAUGCACGAUGCACCACGAAUUCCCAAGAUCAUCGUCGAGUGCGUAACGAUCGUAGAAUCAAACGAAAAGUUCAUGAAGUCAUGUGGGUUGUACAGGGUAUCCGGGAAUCACAAUACGAUACAAAACUUGCGAUACGACAUCAAUGCAGACAACUACAAAAAGUUACGGAAGCAGAAAACCCCGCACGAAGUGUGUGGAAUUUUGAAAUUGUUUUUAAGGGAACUCAAACAACCUCUAGUGUCGCUGGAACAACUGCGCCAAGUGAUCCCAGGUCCAUCGGAUAUGAUACACAACAGAGUCUUGAAAGUGUUGGAACUUGUCAACUCGCUAGAUGAACUACGGGCAAAUACGCUACGUUUUCUGAUGAAGCAUUUGAAAAGGGUGGCCGACAUUGAGGAUAACGAAAUGGACACGAUGAGUUUGGGCAUUCUAAUGAGUUCCUGCAUAUUCAAUGAAACGCUGAGUGAUGUGUGCGCAGAGCGAUUCGAGGCGACAAGUGCGGUGCCCAGAGAAUGUGUUAUCACUAUGAUUGAGUGCUACGAGAACAUAUUUGAGAAAUAA